UUGCCGACAGUAAUAUACAAACGGCAUGGCUUAUUAUCGCGUUAUGUUUAGUUGUAGAAAUUUCGGUUAUUAAAAAUAUUUGUAAGUUUUAAAUAAUUUUAUUUCAAAGUAAAACAUGGGUGAAGUAAAAUUUAGUAAUUUGGACGGUAUAAAAUCAGAACAAAAAUACAAUAGAGUCGUGAAACAUAUACAGGAUAAAUGGAAAUUAGUACCUGCUUUUCUCAAAGGAAAAGGUUUAGUCAAACAACACAUUGAUUCCUUCAAUUAUUUUAUAAAUGUCGAAAUAAAAAAGAUUGUUAAAACAAAUGAAAAGGUACUUAGCGAUGCAGAUCCUUUGUUUUAUGUAAAAUACUUAAACGUACAUGUUGGAUCUCCUGAUGUAGAGGAAGGUUUUAAUGUAACACGGUCUACUACUCCACAUGAAUGUAGAUUGCGAGAUUUAAACUACUCUGCACCGAUUACCGUUGACAUUGAAUAUAUCAGAGGUCAUCAACCUAUUAUUAGAAAUAAUUUAUUGAUUGGAAGAAUGCCAAUUAUGCUUAGAAGUUCGAAUUGUGUAUUAACUAACAAAUCUCAUUUUGAAUUGGCUAAAAUGAACGAGUGUCCUCAUGAUCCUGGUGGUUAUUUCAUUAUUAAUGGUCAAGAGAAAGUUAUACUUAUCCAAGAGCAAAUGCUUAGAAAUAGAAUUAUUUUAGAAGAAGAUAGUAAAGGAUGCGUAGUAGCAUCCUGUAAUAGCUCUACACAAGAAAGAAAGACAAAAACUAACAUAGUCGGUAAAGGUGGAAAGUAUUAUAUGAGACAUAAUAUUUUUCAGGAUGACGUACCUGUUACGAUAAUAUUUAAAGCAAUGGGAAUAGUAUGUGAUCAAGAAAUAAUGCAACUUAUUGGUGCAGAAGAAGAAUUUAUGAAAAAAUUUGCACCCAGUUUAGAAGAAUGUCAUACAUUACAUGUUUUUGCUCAAAAUCAGGCUUUAAGAUAUUUAAGUAAUAAAAGGAAACAAAAAAGAUAUUCUAUGAUCAAAGCUAGUAUUACUGAUGAAAUCAAGGAUAUUUUAGCAACUAAUGUACUAUCUCAUGUUCCUGUCAACGAUUUCAAUUUUAAAUUAAAAGCCACUUAUCUGGCUUUAAUGGUAAGAAAAGUUAUGAAAGCACAAGGUGAUGGAAAACUUGUAGAUGAUAGGGAUUAUUAUGGUAACAAACGUUUAGAAUUGGCUGGUUCCCUUUUAUCUCUCAUGUUUGAAGAUUUAUUUAAAAGAUUUAAUAGAGAGUUAAAACAAAUUGCAGAUAAAAAUAUACCAAAAAUAAAAGCAGCUCAAUUUGAUAUUGUAAAACAUAUGAGACAAGAUCAAAUUACAAAUGGUUUAGCAUUCGCUAUAUCAUCUGGUAAUUGGACUAUUAAAAGAUUCAAAAUGGAACGGCAUGGAGUCACUCAAGUUUUGUCAAGGCUAUCAUAUAUUUCAGCUCUUGGCAUGAUGACGCGUGUUAAUUCACAAUUUGAAAAAAGUAGGAAAGUAUCUGGUCCUAGAUCUUUGCAACCAUCGCAAUGGGGAAUGUUAUGUCCAAGUGACACGCCUGAAGGAGAGAGUUGCGGAUUAGUUAAAAACUUAGCUCUUAUGACACAUAUUACUACAGAAGUUGAAGAAGAACCUAUUAUAAGAUUAGCAUUUAAUCUCGGCGUUGAAAAUGUAAAUAUACUUGGUGGAGAAGAAAUUAAUAAUAAAGACGUGUAUAUGGUCUUUCUAAAUGGAAACAUUUUAGGCAUUGUCAAAAAUUAUCAGAGACUUGUGUAUAUAUUCAGAUUAUUACGUAGAAAAGGUCUGGUGAAUGGUUUUGUUUCCAUAUUUACACAACAUCAACACAGCUGUAUUCAAAUUAGCUCUGACGGAGGUCGUUUGUGUAGACCUUACAUAAUUGUUGAAAAAGGACAACCACUGGUUCACGAAGAACAUAUUAAAUUGUUGGAACAAGGUGUUAGAACUUUUGAAGACUUUUUACAAGAUGGUUUAAUUGAAUAUUUGGAUGUAAAUGAAGAAAAUGAUAGUUCUAUAGCAUUUAAUGAAGCACAUAUAAAUGCGAACACGACACAUUUAGAGAUUGAACCUUUUACGUUAUUGGGAGUGUGUGCUGGUUUAGUACCAUAUCCACAUCACAAUCAAAGUCCAAGAAACACUUACCAAUGUGCUAUGGGUAAACAAGCUAUGGGAACCAUUGGUUAUAAUCAGCGUAAUCGUAUCGAUACUCUUAUGUAUAAUUUAGUAUAUCCACAAGCACCAAUGGUGAAAUCACGUACAAUAGAACUCAUUAAUUUUGACAAGUUACCUGCUGGCCAAAAUGCAACAGUUGCAGUUAUGUCUUAUAGUGGGUAUGACAUUGAGGAUGCUUUAAUUUUAAAUAAAGCUUCUAUUGACAGAGGAUACGGAAGAUGUUUGGUAUAUCGAAAUGCAAAAUGUACUUUGAAAAGAUAUGCUAAUCAAAGUUACGAUAGAAUAAUGGGUCCAUUAAUCGAUACAACUACUAAAAAGCCAGUAUGGAAACAUGAAAUAAUUGACAGUGAUGGCAUUGCUGCUCCAGGUGAAAUGGUAGAAAAUAAAAAAGUAAUGGUAAAUAAAUCUACACCAUCGUCCAGCAUUGGUCCAGUUAAUUCUGCCAAUGCCCAGGCACAAACAGAAUAUCGAGAUGUUCCCAUUGUAUUCAAAGGUCCAGUUCCUGCUUAUGUAGAAAAAGUUAUGAUAUCUAGUAAUGCGGAAGAUGCUUUUUUGAUAAAGCUACUAUUAAGACAAACUCGAAGGCCUGAAAUCGGUGAUAAAUUUAGUAGUCGUCAUGGACAAAAAGGAGUAACUGGAUUAAUUGUGGAACAAGAAGAUAUGCCAUUUAACGAUUAUGGUAUAUGUCCUGAUAUGAUUAUGAAUCCACAUGGUUUCCCAUCUCGUAUGACUGUUGGAAAGUUAAUAGAAUUGCUUGCCGGUAAAGCUGGUGUCCUUCAGGGACAGUUUCAUUAUGGAACAGCAUUUGGUGGUUCCAAAGUUGAAGAUGUUUGCGAAGAACUCAGAAAACAUGGUUUUAAUUAUUUGGGAAAGGACAUCUUUUACUCUGGAACUACGGGUGAACCACUUCAAGCAUAUAUUUAUUCUGGCCCUGUAUACUAUCAAAAACUUAAGCAUAUGGUACAAGAUAAAAUGCAUGCUCGUGCCCGUGGACCUAGAGCAGUUCUUACACGCCAACCAACGGAAGGUCGUUCCAAAGAAGGUGGUUUACGUUUAGGUGAAAUGGAACGUGAUUGUCUGAUUGGAUAUGGAGCUAGUAUGAUGUUAGUAGAAAGAUUAAUGAUAUCAAGUGAUGCAUUUGACGUUGACGUUUGUAAUAAAUGUGGUCUAAUGGCAUACAGUGGGUGGUGCCAUAGUUGCCGCUCUAGUGCCUGCGUUUCAACUAUUUCCAUGCCAUACGCUUGUAAAUUGCUCUUUCAAGAGUUACAAUCUAUGAAUAUUGUACCUCGUUUAACAUUAAAACAUUAUUGUGAUUGAAUAUAUUUAUAAUACACAAUAAUAUCUAUAUAAGAAUUCACUUGUUCAUAUGAUCAUUGUAUAUAGAUUACAUUUCAUUAAUAAAAUUAAUAUUAUCAAAUUUAAUACGAUCACUAUUUAAUAUAUAUAUAUAUACAUAUAUUUUAAUAAGUCUUUUCUUCAUCUAUUAUACGUCAUCUAUUAUAAAAUAUAAUUGUUUUAUCAUUUUAUAUUCUCAAUAUAUAUGUAUAUAUAUUGUUUACAAUGCAUUCAUCAUAGAAAUUCGGCAUGUAAUUUAAUUUCAGGAGUUUCAAUAUGCCUUUUGCUUUGUAUCAAACGUAAUUCUAUUCUUUGUGCAAAUUGCGUCCUCUCAUCUUUAUAUUCUGAAAGUUGAACAAUUAUCUAUAUAUAUAUAAUUAUAUAAAAACAUACAUAUGUGUAUGUGUAUAUAUGUAUGUAUGUACUUUUAUAUACAUAAAACACAAAAUUUCAAAGAAAAUUUACCUUUGAAUGAUUUGAAAGUUUCAAAAAGAACACCUUGUAAAGAGUUUAUUGUCUUUUCAGUCGCUGUUUUAAUAUCUUCAUGUAGAUACGUAUGAGCAAGAAAUAAAGCAGCAAAUAGAUCACCAGAACCAGUAAAAGAUGAUGGUAUUUUUGGAAUAUCAACCUUAAGUAGUACAUCGUCUAAAAUAAAAUAAAUGAAGAAAAAUAAUAUUUAAGUUAAUUCAUAUUAAUUCUUAACACAUUAUUAAGAAUACCUUUCAAUGAACUGAUUACUGCUAAUAUUUUAUUAUCCAUUUCUGCAGAUGAUACAGCUACAGUUUGUGGUCCCAUUUUAUGUAACUCUUUUAUAACAGUUUGCAAUUCAUCUAAACUAUUAAUACUUUUGCCAGUUAACAAUCUAAAACAGAAUGCAUAUAAUUUAUUUUAAGAAAAAACCGCACUUGGUAAUAAACAAUAUUAUGAAUUAUGAAUAUACUAUUUUUUUACAUACUCAGUCUCAAACUGAUUUGGAACUACAAUAUCUGCAAGGGGAACUAUCUUGUUUUUAUAAAUAUCUUUUAAUUCCUUAGGGACAUACAUCUUACCAUUAUCACCCAUAACAGGAUCGCAUACUAAAAGAUAAUGAUAAAAAUUAUAAAUUGUUAUCAUAAUAAAUUAAUAGGAAAUAAAUAAAUAUACCAUAUAUAAGAUCAGGAUUCUUCUGCUUUAAUGCUCCAACUAAUAAAGCUAUUCUGUUCAAAAAAGAUGCGGAUCCUAUAUAUCCUGUCAGUAGAUGAGUAUAAUGAUCCAAAUUAUUUUCUGCCAAGCCAUGUACCAAUUCAUCUAUCAUAUAA